ACUUAAGGGGAGUUGGAUCCUGAGGGUUGUUUUUCACAAGAUAUAAUGGUUCUUGCUAUGUUAUUCUUCAAUCUUUUUCUUUUUUCUUUUUCAAGAUUGUAAGCUGUUUUUCGAUAUUUCUCCCAGUUCUGUUGCUCUAUACCUAGUGACAUCGUCUUCUUCCGAUGUCAUAAACUUCCUCUCAACAUUCUUAAUCCUCGAUGCAUGCACUAGCUUCUAGCAUUUCACCCUAACAAGAAGGUCUAUCUUCAAUAUUUCUGUCACCAAGGAACCAGUCCUACUCUCAGUAAUGCUGUGAUUGCCUUUGACUUUUGAUAUAUUUUUUUUCUUAUUAUUAGCUUUUGAGCUGAAGCUGAGUCUUUUGAUUUGAACAUUCAAUUUUCUCCAAAACUUUUGCACCACAUAUUUUCUGGCCAUAUACUCCAAAUAUUUGUCAUAUAUCAGUCCUUUCAUUUUGCAACAAGAUGGAAGGUACAUAACCAAGAUUCCGUAAUUCCUAAAUAAUACUUCCUCCAUUCCUCAAUAAGUGUUCCUUUUGACUUGGGAACACCCUUUAAUAAACUACUCACUCGUAGAAAAUUAAAGGUAACUUAACUAACUUACCCCUAAUUAAAUUUUAUCUUUUUUCAAGUUGACAUUUAGAGCUAUAUUAAACUCAAGGACAUAUUAGGAAGAUUACGAUCAAAGUAUCCUUAAAGGCUUAAACAUACACUUAUUUAGGAACAAAAUCACAACCCAAAAGUAAUACUUAUAAAGGAAUAGAGGUAGUAAUAGUAUUAUUAGUAGUAAAAAAAGAUGGAUUAAGUGCUGAAGCACACAUUUCACAUGUCUGGAUUUGCUAGCCUAUCCUCUUCUAGUCCUCUUACCACCACGUUUACAUUUGCUAUCCUAUCCUCUUACAUGAUUCGAGUAAUUUAAAAGCAGUAGGGAACUUUGUUUCAAUUCUCACAGACUUCAAAGUUGUUACCUUGAAGAAACACAAAAGGUUGAAUAUACCCAACCCUGCUUCUACCAUGAUGCAAGUUCAAUCAGGAGAUCAGCGGGAGGUUCCUACAGAAGUACUAAACUCCGGUUUGUCUUCUUCCAUGUGUAGCGAUGAAAACCAUGAAUUUAGCGAUUUGAAAGGAGAUGAAGUAGCUAUAGUUGUGGUUCCAUUUCCAGCUCAAGGUCAUCUCAACCAACUUCUCCAACUUUCAUGUUUAAUCUCCUCCUACGGUCUUCCUGUCUACUAUGUUGGCUCGGCCACACAUAAUCGUCAAGCCAGGAUUCGAGCCAAUGCCUUAAAUGCUUCAGACAUAGCCAAAGUCCACUUCCAUGACCUCCCAACUCCUGAAUUUUCCUCACCACCACCGGACUUUAAUUCUUUAAGCAAAUUCCCUGCACAUCUUCAGUCUUCAUGGGAUGCUUGUAUGCUUCUUCGGGAGCCCAUUGCUUCUUUCUUACGUGAUAUCUCCUCAACAUCACGAAGAGUUGUUGUUGUUCAUGAUUCUUUAAUGUCCUAUAAUGUUCAGGAUGUUUCUACUUUUCCCAAUGCUGAAUCAUAUAAGUUUAAUUGCUUUUCAGCUUUCACUGCGUACUGUUUGAUAUGCUUAUUUCUAAGGAUUCCUGGCCAACAUGAAGAAGAAUUGCUUAAAAAGCUACCCUCCUUUGAAGGAAUUAUGACAGACGAAGCCAGGGACUUUUCAGCUGCUCAGCUUCCGUACUAUAAUGUUAGAUCAGGUGAUAUCCAUAAUACAAGUAAAGUAAUUGAAGGCAAGUAUCUUGAUUUGCUGGCAGAAAUUUAUCAGAACAAGAAACAAUGGGCAAUUGGACCUAUUAUUCCUACCAACCGAGAUCAUAUCUCAAAUAGGAACAAUAUGUGUUUGGAGUGGCUGAACAAACAACUUCCAAAAUCAGUUCUUUAUAUAUCUUUCGGAACAACAACAACAUUUUCUGAUGGAGAAAUCAAGGAGCUGGCUAUGGGAUUAGAACAAAGCAAACAGAAGUUCAUAUGGGUUCUGAGAGAUGCCGAUAGAGGAGAUAUCUUUACCGGGGGAGCUAGAAGAGUGGAGCUUCCAGAAGGGUUUGAGGAAAGGGUAAAAGAAGUAGGCUUAGUGGUAAGAGAAUGGGCACCACAACCAGAAAUCUUGGCUCAUUCUUCCACGGGUGGUUUCAUGAGUCAUUGUGGCUGGAACUCUUGCAUGGAGAGUAUUACUAUGGGAGUGCCUAUAGCUGCUUGGCCUAUGCACUCUGACCAACCGAGAAAUGGUUUCUUGAUGACGGAAAUGUUGAAAGUAGGCCUGACUGUGAGGGAGUGGGAGAAACGCGAGGAGCUAGUAAGUGCAUCCACUAUUGAGAAUGUUGUGAGGAAGUUGAUGGCAUCAGAAGAAGGUGAUGCAAUUAGGAGAAGAGCUGAAGAAAUGGGAGAAGCUGUACGGCGAUCCAUAGAGAAAGGGGGUGCUUCUCGAAUGGAGCUGGAUUCUUUUAUCGCGCAUAUCACAAGAUAGACCUACUUUUCACCAGAAUUUUAAAGUAUUUUUCUUUCAUAUUAACCUGUCAUUUAUCUGCUUCUUGCUUCAGACUAGUUUACUCUACCUUGUAUUUCUUUAUUUGCGAAGUUCAAUAAGAUGAUUGCUUUGUGUUCCUCUCUCAA